UGUACACAAAGUUGUAGGAGGGGCAAGGAAACCCAAGCAGCUGGAUAACAUAUUCACACUUAAUGACUUACUUCUACUGUAGCCUACUUGGGAUCGCACUACAGCACCAUGGACAUCAGCACUGCAAUUUUAAUAAUUGGCUUUGCUGCAGUGAUUGCAGCCUUCUUCCUUCUGGUAAUUGGUCUAGUGUACUCUGAGAUGAUGAAUUCAGACAUUCCUCAAGGGGUUGCAAAUCGAGGGAAACUGCAUGUAGUUCAUGGCUUGUUUGUUGGCAUAUCAAUUGUGGGCCGCAUCCUGGACCGUCUGGGUCUGUGUCAUCAGGUCAGGUUCACCAGGUGGUUCAGAAGACGGUUCCUGGUCCAUAUAAGACCAGUUCCCCCAGGCCUACGUGUGAAAGACCUGACCUUCUCUGAGGUGCCAGUCAGAGUGUAUGAGCCCACGACUGGCUCACUGGGCCUGAGGAGGGGCCUGGUGUAUUUCCAUGGAGGAGGAUGGGUGUUGGGCAGUUUGGAUACUGCAGAUGAUGUCUGCAGGCACAUUGCCAAGGAGGCUGAAACCACUGUGAUUUCUGUUGGAUAUCGGCUUGCCCCUGAACAUCGGUACCCCACUCAGCUGGAUGACUGUGACGCUGCAACGUGCCACUUCCUGUCUGUGGCAGAGGCAGAGUUCGGGGUGGACCCAGGCAGAGUGGCUGUCGGGGGUGAUAGUGCUGGGGGAAACCUGGCAGCUGCACUAUGCCAACGUCUGGCCAAGAGAAAAGAUGGACAUCUGCUGUCUCCCUGUGCCCAGGUCCUCAUUUACCCAGCUCUGCAGAUGGCAGAUUUCAACCUGCCCUCGUACCAGCAGAAUCAUGCUGUGCCCAUAUUGUUCCGUGGCCGGGUGGCAUUCUACUUCCUGCAGUAUCUCAACGGGGACACGUCAGUGUGCCAGGACCUGCUGGAGGGGAACCACAUCCCUGCUGAGAUGAGGCUAGCCUUCAAGGAGUGGCUCUCCCCAGAACACCUCCCUCCUGAGUGCAAGGUGCGGGGCGAACUCCAGCAGGUACACUCAGCCUUAGACUACAACGGAGAGGUGUACCACAUAAUCAAAGACGGUUUGGAUCCGGAGGUCUCGCCGCUCCUAGCGGAGGAUGCUGUUAUCCGUCUGACCCCACCGGCCUUUAUCCUGACCUGUGAGUACGACGUGCUGAGGGAUGAUGGGAUCCUAUACAGGAAGAGGCUGUUGGACCUGGGACUGGACGUCACAUGGCAUCAUGUUCCAGAUGGCUUCCAUGGACUUUUGGAUUUUUUCAAAAAGGGCUGGCUAACCUUCCCGUCUGCAACACAAGCUAUAAAUAGUAUUGUAAGCUAUGUAAAAACACUUUGAGAAAUGGAUGUUGAAGUUUGAUCUCUCUUUCAUGUAUCUGGCAAGUGACUUUGUUCUGUUUACAGUAAGGGAAAGCAAAUAAACACCUACACAGCUUA